AUGACUGCCAAGAAACCCCUUCAACCUCAUCCAAUCUCAUAUCAGCGCAAGUCGCUCAAACAGAGUCUUAAGGAUGUCUUCUCCUUUGGCAAAUCGAAGAAAUCCGAACAUCAAUCGCCGCAAACCGUGGGAUCGGGAAUCUUGCGCCGGGCUGAACCAUCCGCCAUCAACACCACCACUGCCAUCAGCCAUCAACCGUCCUCAUAUUCACUCUUCUCGGACUUCAGUACCAGCCAGUCAAGCCUUGCCGAGUACACGGUAUCGGCCUCAAUUCCCAACAGAUUUCAGACACCACCUCGACAAUCAACCACUACUCCUUCAGGCCGCCAGUCUCUGCUUCCCGCGAGGAGCCUCAGCCAAUUUAAUCUCAACCAUCAGUACUUUCAACAUUCGACUGUACCUCAUCGCCAAGUCACUCAGGUCAUGUCACCGACGCUCACCUCUGUCGUUAGUCACGAAGCCAGUGUCUCCAGCUUCGCCAGCCUCACCACAUACUCAAGCGUCUCGACCCUGCGAGUACAAGACUCACGGCGAGAUCUCUUACGCAGAAACUCCUCUAUCACAUUCGAUUCUCAUCUUCACGGGAGAUCCUCAACAGCAGAUCAUUUCUGGGAGAGUCGUGCUCGCCCACUUCGGACUGAACAGAAACAUGUUUCAUGGUUGCAAUCGCCAUCCAACUCUACCGUGAAUCACAGCGAAAUAGCCUCGGCCGAAAGCCAUGAGAAAGACCCAGCUGACCCGGACGGAGAUGACCCCCUCGUGGAGCAUUUCAAGUCUUUCUGCAUUCUCGAUACCAAUGCUCCAGGAUAUCCUGUGAUUGCAACCUCCCAAGAAUUGAGGUACAUAUUUAGUAUUGGAGAGCAAUUCUUCUUGAACAGCCUCGAAUGUGAGGGCGCGUCCAUGGACAUCGUUACCGGAAAAGAUGCAGCAGGCGAUCCUAUCACUCACCUCGUGCUUUUCACCCCGUUGAUCAUCCCAAGCAGCGGUAGGAGCCGAUUCAUGCUCGCCAGUUUGAUUGAUGUGACGCGCUUCAUAAACGAUGCCGCUUCAUUACCAGAGCUGGAAAAGGCCUCGAAUACAUCAACCAUCGAAAGCGAUCUGCGCUCUCCAGUCCAGGAUCCAAUACGAGCUGAAUGGAGUGAAACAGCCUAUAAACUAUCAUCAGAAGACCUUCUGGGUGGCUGCGUCCUGCCUCAGGAUCGACAUAACGUGAACCCCAAUUCGCACCACCAAGACGACAUCUGGUUAAACCUAGCCAAUGAAGAAAGAAGCAGCAGGACUCCCAAUUCAAGUAGCCCUCCGCAUCCACGCUUGAACGCAUCCAAGAACCCCGGAUCUUCAAAUGCUUCGCAUGCCUCGGCCGCUAGCAGUAAUGUGGACGAUGUAUUGGACGAGUUUAUGAGUGGCUUGCAAGAGUUGUACUCGGACUUCUUCCUUUUAGGCAAGUCUCCGCUCGACGAUACGUAUUAUGAGAUUUGUAACGUAUCACCCAUGUUAUUCGCGACCAAGGACUACAUUCAUGGACAUCUCUCCCACACUGGACCAGAGGGAAUUGCCGAACUCAGCGCUCGAUUGGCCCAGGCAUCGCCUUUCGAUCUUGACGUCAAAUGGGGGGAUCGUGGUCAACCCAAGCGAUUGUAUUGUAGCCCACUGUACGGCCAAAACUCCACCACAUGGAUAUGCUUCCUGGUGGACCAUCACAUUCCUGCGUUAUGGUAG